UGCCACUGCUUACAAUUAAACAACGGAAAAUGGCAUAUAUAGUUAAAAAAUUAAAAAUUAUACUAUUUAUAUACUAUAUGGUUUUGGAAGAGAGACCCAAAUUGAUUUUAAAAAAUAUUCAAGUUUGCAAUAAAAGCAAAUGGAGUCAACGCCGGAAAAAUUAUACUUUGGAAAAUCUCUGUUAGUUCCAAGUGUUCAAGAGCUUGCCAAACAGCACCUAACCAAUAUUCCGGCCAGGUAUGUCCGCCCAGAGCAAGAAACUCCGGUCAUAUCCACCGGAGCAUCGGUUCCAGUAAUCGAUCUUCAAAAGCUGAUUUCAGGUGAUUCCAUGGAUUCUGAGCUACAAGAGCUUCACUCUGCUUGCCAACAAUGGGGUUUCCUACAGGUUAUAAACCAUGGAGUGACACCUUCGUUAAUGGAGGACUUCAAGAGAGAGGUUAUUCAAUUGUUCAAACUACCAAUGGAGGAAAAGAAGAAACUAUGGCAACAGGAAGACAGCUUGGAAGGUUUUGGGAAUGCAUUCGUUGUAUCGGAGGAGCAGAAGCUUGAUUGGGGUGAUAUGUUUGGCAUAAUGACUCUUCCUCCUCGUAUCCGCAAAGUUGACUUGUUUCAGAAAUUGCCCUCGAAUCUCAGGGACGUCUUGGAAGCAUACUGCAAAGAAAUUAAGAGCCUAGCAAUGAUUAUUGUAUGUCAAUUGUCAAAGGCUUUAAGGAUGGACGAGAGGAAAUGAGAGAUCUAUUAUGCAGUCAUGAGGAUGAAUUAUUAUCCGCCUUGCCCUGAACCAGACAGGGCGAUUGGCUUAAGCACCCAUUCUGAUCCUGGUGUCCUCACCAUCCUUUUCCAGCUGAACGAAACUGAAGGUCUACAAGUCCGAAAAGAUGAUAUUUGGGUGCCCAUAAAGCCCCUCCCAAAUGCUUUGAUUGUGAAUAUUGGAGACAUGAUGGAGAUAUUGAGCAAUGGUGUGUAUAGGAGUAUUGAGCACAGAGCAAUUGUAAACUCAAAUGAAGAAAGGCUCUCUGUUGCGACAUUCUAUUACAUGAACCUUGAAUCCGAAUUAGGACCUGCACACAGCCUCAUCGGACCACAUAAUCCUCCCAUUUUCCAAAGAGUUUCCGUGCACAAAUAUUUACAGGACUUUUUUGCACGAAAACUUGACAGAAAAUCGAACCUUGAUUUUUUGAAGGUAGAGACGAGUGAUGGAGAAUCGUAGCAUUUGAUACACUUGUACAAGUUAUUGUUUGCUGUUGUAAUUUGGAGUUUCUACGUUUUUAUUUUUCUGUUAUGUCAUAGUCUUUGACUUACUGUGGCCUCGUCUCAAUAAAAGCCAUGCAUAUAGAUUGAUGAAUGGUUAUACAACUUUGAUUCUUAUUA